AAUAACCAUGGACAUAGAAUCGAAAGAGGCGCUAGUAUUGUUGCUCGUUGAGGACUUAAUAAAUCUACGUAAUUUGUAUCUUCUGCUUGCGUACGUUUACAUUAAGCUGGUUGUACAACCAAGACAACAUCGUAGAGGAUGCUUAGGAGCGUUGGAUGGAACCUAUGUUCCUGUGGGUGUUCAUGUACGACUACACGCACGAUAUCAAAACAGAAAAGGUUUUGUUCCCGUGAAUGUGCUUGGGGCUUGCACGCAAGAUAUGAAUUUUUCGUACGUUCAGCGGCAGAUAAUAUGGUUUUACGAGACGCCGUUCAACGAGAAAGGGGUCUUCGUGUACCAACCGGUUAAUGCUAAAUAUAUUUAUGUAACAAUG